GAUACUGAUAGCAACAACAACAAAAAAGGGGAAAAAAACGAAUUGAGCUGUUUCGAGGAAUGCAGGCAAAGUGUUAUCACUUUCUGAAUAUUGUGUCUUUUUUGUCUGACUCUCUUGGGAUACUACCGCAACUGACGCACGUAGAGUGAUGGGUCCGCAUUAGCUUGGUCGCAUCACACGGUUGUUCGCGUUUCUCUUGUCAUACAUGAUUCCCAUCCUGUCAGCAUGACCAAAGACAUUGUAAUUGGAGAUGAUCUGCCUGACUGGGUGGGUGCCAAGGAGUUUUACCAGAAGUAUGACCCCAAAGAGGUGAUUGGCCGGGGCGUGAGCAGCGUGGUGCGCAGGUGCGUGCACAGACACACGGGGCAGGAGCUGGCCGUCAAGAUCAUCGAGAUCACCGCCGAGAAGAUGACCAUCCAGCAGCUGGAGGAGGUGAAGACGUCCACGCUCAAGGAGAUCCAAGUCCUCAACGUGGUCAAGGCCCACUCGUCAAUCAUUACACUCGUUGAUUCCUACGAGUCCACAACUUUCAUCUUCCUGGUGUUCGACCUUAUGAGGCGGGGGGAGCUGUUUGACUACCUCACAGAAAAAGUUACACUGAGUGAGAAGGAAACAAGGAGCAUGAUGCGAGCUCUUCUGGAAGCGGUGCGCUACCUCCACUCCCUCCACAUCGUCCACCGCGACCUGAAACCCGAGAACAUUCUGCUGGACGACCAGGGACACCUCAAACUGUCCGACUUUGGCUUCUCGGUGCAGCUGCAGCCUGGGGAGAAGCUGAGAGAGCUUUGCGGAACGCCCGGUUAUUUGGCUCCCGAAAUACUGAAAUGCUCCAUGGAUGAAAUGCACCCCGGCUACGGAAAAGAGGUUGAUCUCUGGGCAUGCGGCGUGAUCCUCUUCACCUUACUGGCCGGCUCGCCGCCCUUCUGGCACCGCAAACAGAUGCUGAUGCUCAGGAUGAUCACGGAGGGCCGCUACAAGUUCGGCUCGCCCGAGUGGGACGACCGCUCGGACACCGUGAAGGAUCUGAUCUCCCGGCUGCUGGUGGUGGAUGCCAGCGCGCGUCUGACGGCCGAGCAGGCCUUGGCGCAUCCUUUCUUCAGGCAGUACCAGAAGGACGAAGUGCGACUCUUCAGGCCCAGAAAGUCGUUCAGGGUGUUGAUCGUGACGGUGCUGGCCUGCAUCCGGAUGUACGGCCGCUACCGCAGGGCUCGGCCGCUGACGCGCGAGGUGCUGGCCCGCGACCCUUACUCCCUGCGCGGCGUGCGCAGACUCAUCGACGGCUGCGCCUUCCGCAUCUACGGGCACUGGGUGAAGAAAGGCGAGCGGCAGAACCGAGCCGCCCUCUUCCAGAACACGGCUAAGGUCAUGUUGCUCGAGCUGGAGGACUUUGAAACAUAAACCUCAUUUCUAUUAUUGUUAUACUGUUUGUUUUUUUUGUUUUUUGUUUUUUGUUUUUUUUUAAAACAGAGCUGUUGUGUGUGUUUGCCAAGUUGCAGUUGAAUUUUAAAAUGAGGACUUGAGGAAUUUAUGCCUUACUGACUGCAUGCUGUCGCAAGCACGCAGACUUUAAAAAAAAAAUAAUAAUAAUAAUAAUAUCCCGAUCAGCCUUUUUUUUUUUUUUUUUUUUUUUUUUUUUUUUUUUUUUUUUUUUAAACUUCAAGUCACGUUUACGGUGCGCUUUGCAUUAAAGGGCAUUUUGCGGUGCGCUUUGCAUUAAAGGGCAUUUCUACAUGUUUAUUUGGGAUUCUAACACUUGAUCUCUAAAGGAAAGCACUGUGAUAAAGCUACAAACUACUCGCAAAAAGUUAGCUAUAUUUGGCUUUCGGGUGAAAUUCCAGGAUGAACCGAAAAUGCAACAAGUACUGAAACAUUGAACACAUGAAUUCAAAUGUUUACAGAAGGUAAAAUUAGGUGUUUCACCUGUUAAGGAUCUACUGAAUUUUAAGUUUACCGCCGAAAAACCCCAAUAUAACAAGACUUUUUGCGAGUAGUGUUAUCAGCAUACAAACAGAUUGUAUUAAACUCAUAUUCAUAUUCACAGACGUUCUCGUGGUAGGAAGUCAAAUGUGAAAUAUUUACACCGUUGUACUGUACUUGCAUGUUUUUGGUGAGCAAAAUCUCCACGUUUCUUGAAGAAACCAACUGUUAGUGACUGUGUUUCGUGUGAAAAACUCAUUCCAUUGCACAAUGACUCUUGAACCUGACUAAAUAAAUACUAUUUAAUAGUU